AGCAGAGGGAAAGAAACAGCCCCGCCCCUAGGAGAGAAGGGCGGGGCAUUCCCGCCCCGAGGGGCCGGUCAGCCACGCCCACUCCGCGAGGGGCGGGGGAAGCCCUGCUCGGGCAGUUGGAGGAGGGGGGCAUGGAGGAGCAGCAGCCGGCAUGAAUCCCUGCAGCAGAAGAAGGGCAGGCGAUGAUCCCGGCCUCGCCCCCUCUGCCCCCCAGCUGACAGCAUCGCAGCCGGGACACCACCGUGCCGGGCAGAGACCCGCCCGAGUCAAGCGCCGCAGAACCAAACGGGAGCGCAACUCUGCCAAGUUCGGCAGGAACGCUGCGGGCGGGCCUGGCUGCAGGAUGCUUCAGAGGAUGCCAGCCCCGGGCUGGAGCUCGCACUGUGCCGGCCACGCCAAGUCCACCCCUCUACCAGCCAUCCAAAGGGUCUCCGGCUCCAGGCCAGUCAUCAUAACCCAGCACAGGCUCAGCCAGCAUCUGGGCAUGUUUAACAGGGAGGUGAAAUCAGCCGACAUCGAGAGGCUGCUGGAUCCCCGAAGCGAGCGAGAGACGGAGACCGAGACCAGUGCUGCGAUCCCUGGCGCAAUCAGCCAGGCUUGGGACGCCUGCGCCCCUGCCCAGACAUGCGCUCCAGACAGACAGCAUGGGACCAGCACGCCUGCACCCCACGCAGCGGGCCAAGGGCCCCAGCCUACAGCCGCGCCCGCUGCCAGGGAGCUGGGCCCAACUCACUCUGAAACCGCAGCGGUGGAGACAGGCGAGUCCCAGGCUGAGCUCCCAGCUCCCCUGGACGAGAAGGAGAACGUCCCCCCGAGUGGGGCUGAGCCAGGCGGUGCCACCGCUGCCAUGAGGGAGCUGGCCCAGGAACUCCAAACCCAUCUCGACCUGACGUCGACGUUCCCAGGGCGCAACCUGAUCAGCGAAAGGCGCCAGACAAUACUCAGCACCCUGCUGGACCGGCACCAAACCCUGCCCGAUCUCUCUGCCCUAAUGGUGCAUAACAAGCCGUGCGGUGGCUCUGCCCAGGGAGCUCUCAGGAGCCCAGGUGCCAGGGGGCAGGAGCUGCUGUGGGAUACGGGAUCGAGUGGCAGCGGGAACUCUGAACAGGGCAUUUCGGGGAAGAGGAGAAGGGGACAGGACGUGCAGGCCUUCAGGUGCGCCAGCCCUACGCACACGGUCAUUAAAACGGGGGAGAGGAGAGCAACCCGAAGGCAGGACCUGGAAUCCCUUGGCGCACGUGAGCCAUUUGGCCAGCACAGCCUGCACCCCACAGCGGCUCCGUCUGACCACGCACUCUUGUCCGGCUCUGCCCUACACACAGGCACCAUAGCCACCUUCGCCCCGGAAGCGCCAGGCCCCCUGCCCAGAGCCGCUCAGUGCUGCGGGAGAUCCUGGGAAGACAUCUGGGCGCCCAGGACCGGGCUAGAGAGAGCCAGCGUGGCCGUUAGGCCGGCCCAAAAGGAGCAUGGCUCUGAGGGACACGGUCAGGGGCACUGGAUGCCAUUCGCAGCUGGGGAUUCGGGGCGGAGCUCGGGUCUGGCCAGCAGGAGCCCUGCGCGGUGCCCCUUGGCGGAGCGCCCCCAGUACCCCUGUGCCCACUGGCUGAGCCCAGACCUGUGGCAGGUGCUGCAGACCCAGACCCAGAGCAAGCGGCCCCCACCGGAGCUACACGCGUCCCAGAGCAGAGCGAGAGCCGGCCCGGAGACGCAGCCCUCCUUCGAUGUGCUGAGAAGCAUCUGGAGCCCCAACCAGCCCAGCCAGGCAGCAGAGGUCCUGGCCCCCCGGGCGCUGGCGUGGCCUCGGCUGGGGCACAGGGCUGUCUCCUGGGAGCUGUGCUCAGAGCCAGCGCCCCUCCCGCAGGCCUGCUCGCAGCACAGGCAGGGGCCUGGCCUGGAACCGCUCCUGCCCCCCGGCGAGGCUCGGCAGCCCGGGCUGCUGUCGGUGCUGGGCAGGCACGGAGACCACGGCCAGAAGCCGGCAUCCGUGGAGCCCGUGCGAGCCCCCACCUUCUACCAGCCAUGGGACUCCAGAGCCAGGGGGGGAGGCUGCCCCCAUGCUGGGGGGUGGGGGAGCAGGUUCCCCCUGGGGGGGGCCCAGCAGCUGCCCAUGUCCUUCUUCCCCCCCUCGGAGGCGCUGGAGCGCGGCCGCUCGCCGCCGCCCACGCUGCACGGCUACCGGCUGGAGGAGGGCAGCCCGGAGGCCUGGGUCUUCCCCCGCAUGAAGCUGUACUGACGGGGGGGUGAAGGGCUUUGGGAUCCUGGCACCCCCGGCUGGAUUGGGGCGCUCGCUGCUCCCUCCGGCCCCUCGGAGCCCCGUGCGGCGUCCGUCACAGCCCCGCUCUGUCCCCUGGGGUCCCUCAGGCCACCUCCCACAGGGCCCCCCGAGCCGAGCCCAUGUUCAGAGGCUCCUCAAUAAAGCCAGUUGUCAAUGACGGCGCCGUGGGGGUUUCCUUGGAGUCCCCCACGCCCGGCUGGGGGGCAGGUUCCACUUCCCCCGCUCGCCAGCCCCGUUCCCAGGCGCCCACUUGGGAUUAGCACGGGGGGGGGGGGAUUAGCCUGAGGGCCACAUUGGGUUCCCGAGAUUGUAUGGAGGGCCGGUCAGGGGA